ACAAUUGUGAAUAAAGAAAAAAAGAGAAAACAGAAAACAUUAAAAGACAUUUGACUACCUCUAUUGUAAAAAGACCGAUAGGUAUUAUACAAAUUUGGAUUGUUUACUGCGGAAAUGGCUAACAAAAAGGGUAAUAAUACAAACAGUCGCACACAGCAACAAAUAAAUGAUUCAAAAGAUUACAGCGCAUUCAAAGUGGUCUUCUUCUAUUCUUCGUUAAUUGUUUUCCUGCCUGUCGCCACAUUCUUCUUACUUAAGUCUACGGUGCUGGACCGAUUCUUUACUAUGUCCGAGAUGAUGACCAACAUUUAUUCAGCUGUGGGCGCUAUUGUAGCACUACAUCUAGCGCUGGGCCUGUACAUUUAUCGUGCAUAUUUUGGUGGAGCACAACAUGAGGAAGGAUCAUACAAAAAAAUUGAUUGAGUUAGCAACAAAAAAAAUAAUUAAGUGAUCGAUCGUGAAAAAAUGGUGUUACGGUGAUUUAGUUGCGCUGAUGAGCAUGUGACGUCAUUUAGGUAUUACAAUAAGCACACCUUAAUCGUAAUGCAAAGAUAGAAAUUUUUAUAACAAUGAAUAUAAGAAUUCCCUGUUUGCUUUAAAACUUUCUUUUCUUGAAUUAAACCUGCAUUUUCUAAAGCAUUUUUGUGCCUGAACGAAUAUGCACAACAAUUCAAUUGUAAAUAAUAAAACAAACUAAACGAA